GAUAUAUCUAAGUGCAACCUGUUUCCAGAGUACGCAUUCUGUCUCUGUUAGUUCAACUGUGGUCACCACUCACCAGUCUACCAACCAUUGUAUAAUAACUACAAACAACCACGAAAGCAUCGGUAUUAUAUAGCAAUAUACAUCACUCACAUACAAAACAUACAUCAUGAAAUUCUCACACGAAGCACUCGUAUGUGUGUGCCUGAGCUUAAAUUUAGCCACUGUAGUGUCUGCUUGCGAUGUGGUUUUCUCGAUACUGUCAGAUACAAACAACGUCGUCGGCACAGAAGCUCUCAUAGCAACCACUGGGGUGGUCUCGGAUGAUGGCAGUGGCAUGCAAUUAUCCAAAUGCGUAUACUACUAUUUGCCGGACUUCACCGUAUUUGAGGCUGGUAUCGGAUACGACGGGUUCCCUACAUACGCUGGCACAGACAGACCAAAUAUCGAUUCAGGAGAAAGUUGCAACAUAACAUUUGACGACACUAUAGCCGCAGACUCGCCGUUCAGAACGGCAGGCUUUGUGACUGUUUCAGAUUACGAUAAUAUCUUAUUCGGCGGACUUCCUUUGUACUUCUACGAUGGGGAUAUAGGCGGCGUACGCCCUGAGUUGGAUGGCCACAAGUGUGUGGGGGUUCUACCCAGCACAUGGGCGAGUCUCGGUGUGGAUGCCUGGGGACAAACGCUCCCGGAUUACGUAACACCUGAACCAGACUAUCAGAAUAUGAUUGUAUUUGCCGACGGCGAUGUGACCUUUGAGUACACACUGUUGAACGAUACACUGCAGGCUAAGACUACCAUUGUGAACCAGGAAUGUGGCUGGAUUGGCACGGGCUUUGGGCCGGGAGGCAUGGUAGGGUCCAGUGCGGUGAUAGGCCAAAACUCGGCGAACGGUACUGUGGAAGAGUAUUUGCUGACUACGAAGAGUGCUGCUGGGGUAAGCCCCUCAUUGGUCAACUCUGUAACCAACGGGGUGUUUACUCCGGGAGUGAAUUCCACGCUCCGGUUUGAGAUUCCUGUGGAUUUCUGGGAGGGCGGUCUACUCCCGGACGAAGAUAAUUUCCUUAUUUGGGCAUGGGGAACGUCGGACUUCGUGUCUUAUCACGACAAGCGAGCGGUGGAAACUGUAUUUCUCAACCAAACCAUUGUUGUGGUGGAUAACACUACUGAUGUGAAUGAUACGGACAGUACCGUUACGGAAGAUACGGUGAUGUACGCAAACAACUACACCUUUACCAGCGCCCCGAUUAUACUAGAGUACAACUUUACGGCCGAUAGUUUCAUAGCACGCGCGACUCUCCCGGGUCAAGUCGGAUGGUUUGGUAUUGGGUUUGGUGAAGAAAUGGUAGGUAGCUCGGCUGUGAUUGGCCAGAUGUCCACCGACGCGGAGGUUCAAGAGUUCCUAUUGGAUGGUAAAAAUAGCGCAGGAGUGCAGCCCAUCGCAGUCAGUGGUGUGACUAAUGGCAGCUUCAGUACCGAUCUGGAUGCGACUGUGAUGGAGUUCACUAUACCGUUGCAGUUUGGCAGGGCGAAUAUCACGGCCAAUGCGACGAAUGCUAUGAUAUGGGCACUUGGUACAUCCGAGUUUGUGUCGUACCACCAGGCCAGGGGACAGGAGAGUGUGAUGCUGAUGUCAUCCGAGUAGAUGUGAACCAGGAGUCACUGUGAGAGCGGGGUUCCUAUUUAACAUUAUAUAUAUAUAUAUGUGUGUACAGGUAUAUGUAGAUAUAUGUGUAAUAUUUCUCAAAUUUCUAUAUGAGCGUAGCCGAACCGAGAGAUUUGGGGUGGCUGAUGUGAAUCAGAGGUUGUCUCAUACCACUAGGCGAGAGGAUGAGAGAGAUUAUGAUGCUGUUGGUAUCUAAGAAUAUGUAUAAAUAUAUAUAUUUAUAUAUAUAUACAGACCCACGUGCCCUAUCGAAGUGUGUGGAAGUGAAACCCUCUUCAUACCAAACUGUGAGGGCAGCUCAAAUCUGUAGUAUUAUUGCAGGUGCAAUGCAUACACCGUAGUAGGCAUUGGAUUACAUCUGGUAGUUUGAGUGCCAAUAUUCGAGGAAACACCCCCGGUUAAUUAGCAUGUCGUCUGACAACUAGACCCUUAGAGAUAGUAUAGAUCCGCUCUUGUAUCAUUGUGAGGGCCAGUUUGCUAUUGUCGCGUCAAGAGAGUUUGUUGUUAGUGUCAUCCGAGUGGAGAUGUACACAUGCAGCAAUGUGAAGGUACGGAUGGCACUGAAUUUUCGAUCUCUAGUAUGAUAUGCCGGCAAACACUAGACGGAUUAUUACCGUACGGACCCGACAAAUGUUUUUCAAUAAAAUAGACAACACGUCGUAGUUGUACUUGAUACAAUAAAUAUAUACUUGGAU